GUCAGGGAGCGGAAGGCGUCGCUACGUGAUGCGUCACUUCCUGGCGGCGCCGGUGGCGGGGCGCGGGGAGCACCAUGCCCAAGUUUUAUUGUGAUUACUGUGACACGUACCUCACCCACGAUUCGCCCUCUGUGAGGAAAACACACUGCAGUGGCCGGAAGCACAAGGAGAAUGUGAAAGACUACUACCAGAAAUGGAUGGAGGAGCAAGCCCAGAGCCUGAUUGAUAAAACAAUAGCGGCUGCAUUCCAGCAAGGCAAAAUCCCCCCGACGCCCUUCUCGGCCCCGCCGCCCGCAGGAGCCAUGAUCCCGCCGCCCCCCAGCAUCCCUGGCCCCCCGCGGCCUGGCAUGAUGCCGGCCCCGCACAUGGGUGGACCACCAAUGAUGCCAAUGAUGGGCCCUCCCCCACCAGGAAUGAUGCCAGUUGGACCUGCUCCAGGGAUGAGGCCACCAAUGGGAGGACACAUGCCCAUGAUGCCAGGGCCCCCAAUGAUGAGACCACCCUCCAGACCCAUGAUGGUGCCAACCAGGCCAGGAAUGACCCGUCCAGACAGAUAAGGGUGGCCAUGGAGCUGCCUCUUGUCUGUCACCUUCUGAGCCUCCCUUUGAUAAAGUCCCCUAGACACCUGUCCUUAGGAUUUGGUACUCAGUGUGAAGAGAUCUGCUGCCCCACCAGCUUGGGCACACACUGGACUGAUACUUUUGUACCUGGUCUGGUUUUCUUGGUGGUUUUAUUUGUUUGCUGGGCUUUUUCCCUCACUGAGUUGUAAAAUGCAACAAUAAACCAUGGAUGCUGGUUUACCU